UUAGUUUUCGGAACUGUCAAGAGAAGUUAGAACCGUUGGUUUAAAAAAGUGUUUAUGAAGAAAUUUCCAACUUCCAUAACUCCGUGAUGUCUGAUCCCUGCGCAUAUGCCAUGACGAAGGAUUGGUUUCCUGCCAUGUGAUGCAAUAUCUCUACUGAGUGCUUGUGAGGUUUUAAAUUACAAUUAGUUUCCGUUUGGUUUUAAUACAUCAACAAUCGCGAGUGUUCUCUGCGAAUUUUGGUACAUUUCAUUGGCAGGUAUUGAAAUAAUCGCUUUUAAUAUUGGAAAAGAUUUCAGUCCAUCUGUCUGUUAUCCUUCUUGAGAAUUUUGAUCAUUUAGUGGAAUCAUCGCUUUGAAGAUUUGAGAAGUAACCUCGUGCAAUGCCAUGGAUUCUGUCGAUCUACAAGAAAAGGCAAAUUUUACAAGACUCAGUAGACUUUUAGUUGACAAAGGAACUGAGGCUUUGAGAAAUACAUUUGAUAGCAUCCAUCCACCUGUUAAUCUACCUGGAAUACUAGCUGCAAACAAAAUAUCUCUCCAAAGAAUAAAACCUCGAGUUAUUAAUAAUCCCCAGUGGGAUUUACUGUUCCCUCCGUCUGGGAACCCACCAGAUUCCAAAACCUUUGAUGUCACAUUACUUACAGUUCUAUUCCGGAACAUUUGUGGUUUUCCAUCAACAGGAUGGGGUGCAAUGCCUCCGGAUACUGAUAGAUCAACGCAGGCGAAUAUCGCAAGAAUCAAGUGGUUAAGAAACGAUGUUUAUGCACAUGUAACAACAACUCGAGUUGACAAUGCAAAAUUUGGGUCUUUAUGGAAGAAAAUUUCCAAGGCGAUAACAGAAUUGGGCGUUUCACAGAGUGAUGUCGACGAUUUAAGAAAAUGUCCUCUAGGGCCUGAAGAAGUAUUGUAUGUGCAAAAGCUUAAAGAUUGGGAACUGCGAGAAGAUGAGUGUAAUAAAAGGCUUGCAGAAAUUGAAUAUUCUGUAAAUAAUGUAACACGAAUCGCUGAAGAAAACCGUGACGAAAUAAAUAGAAUCCGCCAGUCUCACACCAAUCCUGAAAAGAAAUCCCGCACAGAAAGUGAUAAAGAUUUAUUGCAAAAACUUGCUAAGCAUAAUUUCAUGGGUAAAAUUCAAAGAAAAGUGAAAUUUUUCCUUCCUGGAACCAGAGUGUGGUUGUUAAAAGAAGUUGACGAGUGGUUUUGUAACAGUGUGAGUGACUCAAGAAUAAAGUUAAUAAAAGCUGGACCAGGAUUUGGUAAAAGCGUGUUUGCCGCUAAAAUCUGUAAAGAUUUUGAGAAGAAUGGAAAGCUGGCUGCUUGUCACUUUUGUGAUUUCAGUGAUUCAAACUUAAGAGAUCCUAUGGUGAUGCUGCAGUCUCUCGCAAGUCAGAUGUGUGAGAAUGUCCCUGGUUUUAAAGAGAAGCUUCUUGAUCAGUUAAAGCGACCUCAUCAAGUUCAAAACCUGAAAGAUGCCUUUCAAAUAUAUUUGCAAAAUCCCUUAGAUGAAUUGCAAAUAAAAGAGGCACGUUUAGUCGUGAUCGAUGGCUUGGAUGAAAGUACGGCAGAUAAUAAGAAUGAAAUCACGCAUUUGAUUGCUGAAUAUUUUCCAGAUCUUCCCGAGUACAUCAAAAUCUUGGUUACCAGCAGGCCAGAGAUUGCUUUAGCAAGACUAAGAGGUGUUCAAAAGAUAGACAUUGGAAACAAGAACGAAAACAAUGUCUCUGAUCUUGAAUUCUAUCUUAGAGCUUGUCUUCCAAGUUUAGAGGACAAUACAAUUUAUCGAAGCGGUUUGUUCGAGUCCUCAGACGGGUCUUUACAAGAAUUGUCAGAUGUGUCCCUUGAUGACCUGCUCCUGACAAAGAACCCUGAACGUGUCUUUGGUGGAACCAUCAGUUUACUUUCCGACGUCGCUGAGAAAUGUUCGGGCUCAUUUCUCUAUGCAUAUCUCUUCCAAUCCGGGCUAAGGGAUCGCUAUGAUCUUGAGAAGUUGACAAAUAACGACGUCUUGGAAUUUCUCCCAGAAGGACUGAAUUCUAUUUACCAAGGAUAUUUCAAACGCCUUGAAGACGAGAUUAAUAAAGCGAUAAAGAAUGAAAAGUUCAAUGUGUUGAAAAUUUUAGAAAUGGUGGCUGCUUCUAAAGGACCUCUUCCCCUCACAUUCAUCGCUCAGGCUUUUGGGUUAGCUCCAGAUUGUCGCGAAACGAAAAACAUCAUAAGCAAAAUAAAUGAAACCGUGUCGUGCUUGUUGUACGUUUCAGAUGACAUGUUAACCGUUUUUCACAAAUCCGUUAUUGAUUGGCUUUUAGCAAAGGGCUACAAAGAUCACCAGUAUACUGUGAAGGUUGACAAUGGACAUAGAUCGCUCUGGCUUUUAUGCGAAAAAGUUUUUGAAGUAAUUGUGAAGCGUGUUUCCUCCAAACUUGAGGUGCACUUUUCUAAUGAAGUAGAAUACGCUCUGGGUCAUGGUCUGGGACAUCUUGAAAAAUGUGAAAUGGAGGAUGGUGUAUUCUGGUCAACUGAUGUUAUUAUCGUAAGCUUUAUGCUAACUACCUUUGAUCAGAUUAGAGCAGAUAAUUUGUUGCUAUUCUGGGAAAGAAUUCUUCGAAGUUCUGUGAUUAAAAGGGAAGAGGUAUGUGCCCGCAUUUCGUGGCAUGUCGUUGAAUUCAGCAUUUGGCCUAAAGGCGUAGCAGGGGACUUCAAAGAACAUUAUUCCACACCAUUUCCAAAAUUAUUGUCGAUAACUUCACAAUCGUACUUACAAGCCGUUCUUAUGCAUCCUUCAGAAGGGUAUUUCAGUGAUGGUGAGAAGAAAAUCGCGGAAAGCUUACUAUCAAACGUUUCACCAUUUGUCGGGCUGUAUUAUUGUAAAGUCUCCGUUUUGCCGCGAGCAGUCUUGAGACCCAGUUACAUUUCCCGUAGUAAAGAGAUUACAGUUGUUAUUUUAUCAGACGAGAAGAAAAGAUUAGCAGUUGGGUUAAAAAAAAAUUUGCCAUUUAUGCUAAAUUUUGUUGAUCUUUUGAUUUAUUCAACAAAAUUUCAAAAAAUUUCAUGUUGCAUAUUUUCUCCAGACCGUUCGCUCGUAUUGUUUGGUAAACUGGAAACGGCGUUUAACAUUCUGGAAAAAAGGGAAGUUCCAUUUUUUCCCGGAAAUGAAGAGUCCUUCGUGUCCUGUGCAUUUUCUCCUAACGGCAAGAGGCUGGUGACCAGCGAAGGUUCAAACACCAUUAAAGUAUGGGAUGUUACUAAACAAAGGUUGGUAUCUUCGCUUUGUGCUGAAAUACCUGUUGAUUGGUGCUCUUUUAGCAUCACAGGGCUAUUUAUCAUUGGGGAUUCAAAAUCCUCCUUGAGAUCAUCACAGUAUGUGUGUGAUUCGAUGUGUGUUUGGAACGCCAUCACAUUCCGAAGGAGCGAUAAGCGAAAAUUGUCUCAAGAGAAAUGUGAACGAUGUUUUCGGCGAGGAUUGAAAGAACAAACUUCUACACAAAUUGAAACGCAGGUUUGGUGGAUUAAUAAAAGAAAAUUUGCAAUGUUGUGUCCAUGGAUCUGCUGUGGUGUGUAGUGUAUUUUUAUCGUCGAAAGAGUGUUUAUAUGAUUCCAAUGUUUUAGAAAGUUUUUCCUUGACUGCCAUUGUUGCUUGGACUAUCUUUGCCGCUUCUUGCCGUACAUUCCUUCAUCAAAUCAAUGAUGCAAUAAAAAUGGAACUGUUAGAAGAUAAUCUGUAUAUAAUGAAGAUAUUGCCUUAAGAACUUGACCUAGGCUAACACCUUAAUAUUUUUUAAGAUCUUAAUUUGGAUUUGAUGCCCAUGAUGUAUGUGCGUGCAAAAUGGCGACAUUCGGUUUAAAUUUGGAUGGGAUUUAGUACCCCAAGGAAUGCGUGCGCACAGCAUCAUGGGAUUUAGUAAAAAUAUAUAUAUUUAUAUUGGCCUGUAUAUAUUGAAUAAGACUUCGAAUAUUUUUGGCAAGAAUCUUGCUGGUUUAUAUCGGGACGAUGGCUUGGCUUUAGGAAAAGGAAACACAACUCGGAACGCUGACAAGGAAAGCAUUAAAUGAAACAUUCCAUCAGCUUGGUCUGAAGAUUACAUGUGAAGUAAGUCAUCACCUCGUAAAUUUCUUAGACAUUACGUUGAACUUGGAAGUCGAUCGUUUCAAGCCAUAUAGGGAGCCCUUUAACACAACCUUCUAUGUAGACAGUCGAUCUAACCACCCGCCAGCAAUACUAAAGCAAAUACCGAAGUCAAUAAACAUGCGUAUAUCAUCUCUCUCAUCUGACAAAGAGACAUACGACGAACAGUCAAAACCCUUUUAUGUGGAAAACUUGAAACAAAGCAUUUAUAAAGAAGAUUUGCACUACAAUCCUGAAGACCCCAACGUAUCGGCAACACGGAAACGAAAGAGACAUGGAAAUAUUAUAUGGUUUAACACCCCGUAUCAGUUAGGACAUACGUUGGAUUCAGAUUUCUUCAACUUAUCGACAAACAUUUUCCUCCCAGAAACCCGCUUCACAAGAAUUCAACAGAAGCACGAUAAAAGUCAGUUACAGUUGUAUGCCAAAUGUAAAAUAUGUAAUUUGACAGCAUAAUCGGAAAGUAUUAAGGAAAAACGAUUCUCAGACAACUCCAACGUGUAAUUGUAGAAAUUCGGAUGAAUGCCCCAUAGACAACAAAUGUCAAUCGAAAAGUGUCGUUUACAAAGCAAUUGUAUAACUUCUCUUGAUGACCAUGUAAAGAAAGUAUUUGUCGGUAUGACAGCAAUUCGUUUAAGAAAAGACAUCAACCAUAAGAAAUCGUUUAAUUUAAUUCGUUAUGAAAAACUGAAGUGUCUAACUGUAUAUGGCAACUUCAAUUUAAGCAAAAAGAUUUUUCCAUCCAUUGGUCAAUUCUGAAUCACUCAACACCAGUAGCCCGGUAGCUCACGUUGUAAUCUUUGUAUUGAAGAGAAACUUUGGUUAAUGAAAUCAAAGCAUAAAAACUUGGAAAAUAAGCGAUCGGAGGUGUGUCGCGAGACUUGUGUACUUAAGCCAACCAUCAUGACUUAAAACAACUGGUAGAUGUGGUAGACUUUGUAGCCUUGUUUGGUAGAUGUUGGAAGCUGAAACUGCACUAUUUAUGGUUAGGCUAGGAGACAUAAAGGUUUGUAGAAAUAAGGGAUGAGUGUAAUGUAAAUAGCAUUAUCUGUAAGUUGUCUAACACUGUGGACAGAGACUAAUUAAAGAAGUAAAUAAAACCUAAUUAGACAACUUCAACUUUAAAGUGCCUAUAUCACUCGCGGGAUCUUUAUGC